UCUAAAGAUAAGCAGCCAGAAUGUCUGUUGAAAAAAAAAAUUAAUGGUGUACUUUUUCCAACCGUGAUUUUCACACCUGCUUUCAUGACAGAAGAGUGGCAUAAUUUUUUGUUUACGGAUGAAGAUGUCUUGCUGAAAACCUACCCAAAAUCAGAUGAUUUAUGUCAUUAGAAAUCCCAGAGAUGUUCUUGUGUCUGGACAUUUGUUCUGGAAAGGUGUAAAAUAUGUUCAAGUAGCAGAAUCAAUGGAACAAUAUUUUGAUUGGUUCCUCGAAGGAAAUGUCCCCUAUGGAUCGUGGUUCGAUCAUAUCCAUGGCUGGAUACCCAGUAGAGAACAGGAGAACUUCCUGCUGCUGAGUUAUGAAGAGCUGAAAACGGACACAAGAAGCAGUAUGCAGAAGAUCUGUCGAUUUCUGGGCAUGGAAUUAGGACCAGAAUCCCUGGAUUCAAUCCUCGAGAAUUCUUCCUUCCAGGCUAUGAAAGACAAUAUGAUGUCUAAUUAUUCUCUUGUGGAUGGUGUUGCUAUUGAUCUCAAGACAUCAACCAUGAUGAGAAAAGGUGUAUCUGGAGACUGGAAAAAUCACCUCACAGUGGCACAAGCAGAAACCUUUGAUGAAAUAUACCAGGAGAAGAUGAAAGAUCUUCCUCCAGAGCUGUUCCCAUGGGAAUAAAGUUCUAGAUUGUUCUGGGUCUCACAUAGAUGUUGAUCAUCGUUUAGUCUUUUCACAAGUGCAUGCCAGGGGGAUGAUUGUUUAUGAUCAUUCAUUUCUCCCUGGUACCCUGACGAACUAGUCAUUGCAUCUUGGUGACA